AUGGCAUCAAUUGAACAAGAAACAUCCUCUACUCCAACACCACCACCAGUACCUCCAAAAGAUAGACAAAUACAAGUCUUCAGUCCUCCUGCUAAUUCGCCAGCACCAGCUGAAAUACCAGAAUCAUUCUUCAAAUUGGAUUCUAAUCAAGUGGCAAAGUUAUAUAAAGCACAAGUGGCUCAUCGACAGAAUCUAGAAGACAGUCCUCUCAAAACACAAAAAAUGCGAAAUGCCGAAGAACUAGAACGAAUGAAAAAGUAUCCCAAGACAACUAUUCGUGUACGAUUCCCUGAUCAUACUAUUCUUCAAGCCGUGUUUGAAUCCAAAGAAAAAGGUUUUUUUUUUUUUUUUAAAAAAAAAGAAGAGAGAAAUGGGAUGAUAGGACAAGUGUACUGA